AAGUGGCGGGGGCAGUGGCGGCGGCAGUGCCAUGGCCAAAGGAUUCCGCCGGGAGAGGUCCUCGAGGGGGGUUUGUCCCCGGGCCGAAGCUCCCUGAUCCGGCUUCCGAGGCCGGGUCCGGGCUGAGGGCUGAGUGCGUCCGUCCCUACCCGUCCAGGUGAAUGUAAGAAGUGAUGACGGUGAGCCCAAGCGCGGCGAACUAGAUGAACACGGGUCUGACAGCCAGUGUGGCCGGCUCUCCGCAGGCCCGGGCGGCCCGGGCGCCCUAGUUUCUCCCGAGCGUCCGGAGCCCUACGGACCCUACCCCGCGCGUCACUGGCCUCUUACCCUUCACGCGUUAAUGGAGGAGCGAGAGCCUCAGCCCCUGGAAAACGGCGCUACCCUCUGAUUCAUGAGACGGCCUCUUAGCACCCAGUGCUGCCCGAGGCUUGAGCCCAACGUGAAGAACCACAUUUGGAAAAAUCCUUCCUAUGUCUGCAGUAUCAGCUUGGAUUACUCAGGUUAUUCAGGGUUGGGGAAUCUUCAGCAGUGUUAAAUACAUUACCAUCAACUUAUGGGAUGGCUUCUUUGCAAAGGAAAGGGCUGCAGGCAAGAAUUCUCAGCGCUGAAGAAGAGGAGAAAUUGAAAAGAGACCAGGCUUUAAUGUCUGAUUUUAAACAGCAAAAACUGGAAAAAGAGGCUCAGAAGAACUGGGACCUUUUUUACAAAAGAAAUAGCACUAACUUCUUCAAAGAUAGACACUGGACCACCAGAGAGUUUGAGGAACUCAGAUCAUGUAGAGAGUUUGAAGAUCAAAAAUUGACUGUGCUUGAAGCUGGCUGUGGUGUUGGGAACUGUUUAUUCCCGCUUUUAGAAGAAGAUCUGAAUAUCUUUGCCUAUGCCUGUGACUUUUCUCCAAGAGCACAAAAUCCUUUAUAUGACACAGAAAGAUGCAAGGUGUUCCAGUGUGAUCUAACCAAAGAUGACCUUCUGGAACAUGUGCCCCCAGAGUCUGUGGAUGUUGUCAUGUUGAUAUUUGUCCUCUCUGCUGUUCACCCUGAUAAGAUGCACCUUGUCUUACAAAACAUUUACCAGGUAUUAAAACCAGGCAGAAGUGUCUUGUUUCGUGACUAUGGGCUGUAUGAUCAUGCCAUGCUUAGGUUUAAAGCUGGCAGCAAACUUGGAGAAAACUUUUAUGCUAGACAAGACGGAACCAGAUCGUAUUUUUUUACUGAUGAAUUCCUGGCUCAGCUCUUUAUGGACACAGGUUAUGAAGAAGUGGUGAAUGAAUAUGUGUUUCGUGAGACGGUGAAUAAAAAAGAAGGCCUGUGUGUGCCGAGGGUUUUUCUUCAGAGCAAAUUCCGAAAGUGUCCUAAGAACCCAACACCCUUGACCCUGGGCCUGGGUCACAAGUCCUGACCUUUCACAAGGUUGACAUUUGUGCCUCCCCUUGAAGAGGAAAGUUUGAAGUAACUCUAUUUUGUAUAUUUUUAUAUUUUAACUUUUUAAAAAUGAGCAUAUAUAAUUUUUAUAUGAAAAGGUAGCAAGUGUGUGUGUAUAUUACAACAAUGCAAAUAAAAUUUCCAGGCCUGAAAAGUAAAGAAAGUUUGAUGGUAUAAUGUAGUGCAGCCAGGCUGUCUGGCUGAAAUUCCACGAAGGGAAAAGCAUAAGCGCUUAAAGAGAUCCUUGCCGUCACUACUGCGAGUCUCUAAGUGUGCCCCCAGGCAGCAUGUCAGACAGCCCUGUGGAAAAAUGAGGCCAAAUAGACUGAAAUAACACAUCCAGAUGUAUUUUUAGCCUGAAGGAUUGUUCUCUAUUUCCAGUGUCUCCUAUUUGCCCAUUUUUCUCUGCUUCAUUUAUGUGCCUCUUCAAGACCAGUGUUUCACAAAUACAGCUUUUGCUAUGACUCGAGAACCCACCAUGGCUCCCUGCCUAAUUCUUGAGACCCUUUGUAAUUGAACCAGGCCCUGGCCACACUGCCCCAGGGAGAGAGGGGAAGGCCAUCUUCCCGAUGCAGUUUCUCCAGGAAUACGGUGGAUGGACUGACCCAAGUCCCCACUGGGAUAUGAAGCAGUGGCUUGGGAAGUGAUUGACCAACAUGGCCAAAAUCACACAGCUAGUGUUGCAGUGGGAUAUGGGGAAAUCCUUAAAUUAGUCUGCUGACCUGUUUCCCAAGCAUCUCCAAAUAAUGCCUUUCACUCUAUGACAUAAAAUCCAAGCGCUGUUGGCUCACUAACAAAAGAUCCUAUAAGCCUUCAGGUUUCCCCUCUGCAGAGAGUUUGUCUAUGAGAACAUUUGUGUAAAGUACGUUGACUGUGGUCUGCACCUGCAGCAAGCUAAGGGCCUUUCACCGUUGCCACAUCUGAGGAGGGAGGUCCCAGUGGGGAAUGGGCUGCAUAAUAGUCCUAGCUGGUCUGUACAACUAGAAUCAAUCCUGGCUCCUGGAGAGAAGCGGGGCAGGCGUGGGGGCUCAGGCAGAGUGCUGG